AUGAAGCACACAGCACUUCUCUUAUGUCUCUUGGCGGGCAAUGUCCUUGCCAGACAGCCGCCGUGGAAGUUUGAGACCCGAGAUUGCCUUCCAGCACAGAACUUUACAGCAGACAUAACGUACGAUGCUUGCUACGUAGACAGUGGCUCUCCGAGAACGCUCAGUGGUGUCAGUGUUAAGCUCAGCAAUAACUCACCACAGGCCUGUGCUGACCUUUGUGGUCGGUUCGGCUUCAAAUAUGCGGGUGUAGAAUAUGGAAGGGAAUGCUACUGUGGAAAUGAGAUCAGAAAUGAAAAGGCGAUAGAAUCCUCUUGUGGAACCAAAUGUCCCGGAGAUGAGAACCAAAUAUGUGGCGGCACCUACUUCGUAAGCAUUUGGAACGUCGAAAAUCCCCUUGAAACAGGAGAAUACCCCAUCCAUUUUCCCGACUGUAAUCGUGAGCCGCUCUGUUCCAACGCCGUUUGUGAUCCUUCUCUCUCGCCAAAAGAAAGAGCUACCGCUCUCCUAUCUCUAUGGACUAUCGAGGAGAAAAUUACAAAUCUCGUCGAAGAUGCAUCCGGGGUUCCAAGAUUAGGGAUCAAACCAUAUCAGUGGUGGGCUGAAGGGCUUCAUGGCUUAGCGAGCCGCGGCGUGACCUUCGAUAGCCCUUCAUUGGGAGAGUGGUACUGUGCAACUUCAUUUCCACAGCCUAUCUUGGUUGGAGCUGCUUUUGACGACGAACUCGUGACUGCCAUGGCCGAUGUUAUUGGCACCGAGACACGAGCUUAUAACGCUGAUGGGCGUGUCGGUCUAGAUCUCUAUACCCCCAACAUCAACUCGUUCAAAGACCCUCGGUGGGGUCGUGGGCAAGAAACUCCUGGUGAAGACCCAUUUCAUCUCCAAAGCUACACAAGAUCGCUCUUAUCUGGCCUUGAGAGGGAGGUCGGGGGCUACAAGAAAGUUAUCACAACCUGCAAACACUAUGCUGGGAAUGAUUUUGAGUCGUUUGGAAGUGUUACGCGCCAUAAUUUCGAUGCACAAAUCAGUAUGCAGGAUCUGAAUGAGUUCUAUCUUGUGCCGUUUCGAGUUUGCGCCGAACGCAACGCAGGCGCUUUCAUGUGUAGCUAUAAUUCCGUCAAUGGCGCUCCUGCUUGUGCGAACAGCUACCUGAUGCAGGAUAUUCUUCGCCAGCAUUGGGGCUGGGAGAAGGACGAGCAUUAUAUUUCUUCCGACUGUGGUGCAAUUUCGGACAUCUGGGAAAAUCACAAGUAUUCUCAGACAGCAGGUGAAGCUGCUGUUACUGCUCUACGAGCAGGGACCGAUCUCGAGUGCGAAUUUGGUAACACGGACUUGCUGAGGGAUGGUUGGAGUAAUAACCUGCUCACAGAAGAGGAUAUGGAUAAAGCACUGACUCGGAUGUGGUCAGCCCUCAUCUCUGUUGGAUGGUUUGAUCCUCCUGAAGGGCAAGAGUUGCGUAAGCUUUCAUUCAAAGACGUCAACACAGAGCAGUCACAGAAGCUAGCAUAUGACGCGGCUGCGGCAGGGUCCAUCCUCCUCAAAAAUGAAGAUAAUCACCUGCCCCUUGAGAAAAAAGGCAAGGUAGUGCUCAUUGGCCCAUGGGUUAACGCCACGCAGCAGAUGCAAGGCAACUAUUUUGGCCCCCCUCCAUAUCUCAUUUCUCCCCGUCAAGCCGCCGAAGAUUUUGGGCUGGACUUCACAUGGGCUGUUGGCUCGGCCAUUAACGGCCCUGACCCUUCGUUUGAUGACGCAGUUGAGAAGGCAAAAACGGCCGACCAGAUUCUCUUCCUGGGUGGUCUUGAUAACAGCAUAGAAGCUGAGUCUAGGGAUCGGCUUAAUAUCACAUGGCCAGAGGCCCAGCUUAGUCUCAUCAGAGAGCUAUCUAGCCUUGGGAAGUCUAUCACCGUUGUUCAAUUUGGAGGUGGCCAACUAGAUGACAGUGAGCUCUUCGAAAACGAGGAAAUCAAAUCGGUUCUGUGGUGUGGAUAUCCAGGACAAUCAGGCGGCAAAGCUGUUAUUGAUCUGAUAUUUGGCCUUGCCGCGCCAGCAGGACGUCUUCCAGUCACACAAUACCCCGCUGGAUAUGUUGAACAAGUACCGCCUACUGAUAUGACUCUGCGUCCUGGCCACAACGGAACAAACCCCGGGCGAACGCACAUGUGGUAUUCCGGAGAGGCAGUUAAACCUUUCGGUUUCGGCCUCCACUACACUAGCUUCAAGGUGUCGUUCGAUGGGGACUUUGAGUGGCAAGGCGAAUUCACCCCGGGUGAUAUUUCCAAAGUGGGAAUCCUCGCUGAAAGCACACCAUGGAUGGAUUUGAUCAACAAGCCUGUGUUGAAGGUACCGAUUUCUGUUGAGAAUACUGGCACACGUGAGUCCGAUUAUGUGGCUCUUGUAUUUCUUCGGUCCAAGGCUGGCCCGGAGCCAUGGCCCAACCAAACUCUAGUUGGCUAUACUCGCGUCAGAAGCAUCAAGCCCGAUGAGACAAAAACGGCUGAAGUCGUCUUGCAACUAGAGAGAUUUUUGCGUGUCGACGAAGAUGGAAACCGGGUACUCUAUCCUGGUGAAUACGAACUCUUCAUCGAUGUUGACGAAAGGGCGAAUCGGACCGUGAAUUGGACUGGAGAGCCGGUGGUCGUGGAGAAGUUUCCACAUCCUAGUUGA